ACACUAGGCUUUUGUGAGUGAGCAAAGUUUCUUUCUUCCUUCAGCGUGUGGAAGCUGGCUAGAUACCGAGAUCCCACGGCAUUUGUUGUUUGGCAUAGAAAUGUCUUAUAAUUUUAUAUAUUUCUAAAAAUCUUUGCACGAGUGUUUGUUGGGGAAAUUGUUCCGAAGCUGACACGAGGUGGUCUCAUAAUAUUCAAUGAUUUCUCGUUUUUUAUGCCUACAAUUUAUGUAAUUCUCUCUUGAAAUUGGGUUUUUGGUUGAGGAUUUCGGGUUUAGAUUAUUGGGUCUUACAGUUCAUAUUUAGUCAUCAAUACGCGUUUCGUGUCCGUGCGGAUAUUUUGCUCCUUCUUCUUCUUCUUCUUUGAAUUUUUGCUUACUGUCACAGUCAGAUCCGCAUCUGGUUUUGCGCGGGACGCGUCCCUGGACAUUCCAGCGGCUCCAUGGUUCUUAAAAUGAAGGUACCAAGGUGGGCGAUACAGACAGAAUUUUAUAGCAUCAAGUUGGACAGAAUUCUUGUGAAAGAGACUUGAGUUCUGAGUUUCCGUGCGAAUUAGUGUUUGGUGUUUAUUGUGGAAGGAUUUUGCCUCCUCUGCCUCUUAUCCUGAUCAGGCAGGAUUAACAGCGUUUCAUGUACGGAUUUCUAACAUGCUUGUGAGAAAAAGAGCUUAGAGACUUAGAAUUAUUGGGUUUGAAAGAAGAUACUAGUGGGCUAGCCAUGGCCUCUGGUGAAGGGAGGCGGCAUCAUCAUGAUCUUGUGCCUCUCGCUGCGUUGUUAAGCAGGGAGAUGAAGACUGAGAAGAUGGAGAAGCCCACUGUGAGUUAUGGACAUGCUGCUCAGUCUAGGAAAGGGGAGGAUUACUUUCUAAUUAAGACCGAUUGUCAGCGAGUACCUGGGAAUCCCUCAACAUCAUUUUCUGUGUUUGCGAUCUUUGAUGGACACAAUGGAAAUGCUGCGGCCAUUUUCAGCAGAGAGCACCUGUUAAAUCAUGUGUUGAGUGCUGUUCCUCGAGGUCUGGGACGGGAUGAAUGGCUUCAAGCUUUACCUCGGGCCUUGGUAGCUGGGUUUGUGAAGACUGACAAGGAAUUUCAGAGCAGAGGAGAAACUUCUGGAACUACAGCCACAUUUGUGAUAGUUGAUAGAUGGACAGUCACUGUGGCAUCUGUUGGUGAUUCCCGUUGUAUAUUAGACACCCAAGGCGGAGCUGUUGCAAACUUAACUGUUGAUCACCGGCUUGAAGAGAAUAUUGAAGAGAGGGAACGUGUUACAGCUAGCGGAGGUGAAGUAGGGAGGCUGAGCAUUGUUGGUGGUGCAGAGAUUGGUCCCCUUCGUUGUUGGCCAGGCGGUUUGUGCCUUUCUAGGUCAAUAGGAGACAUGGAUGUUGGGGAGUUUAUAGUUCCAAUACCGUAUGUCAAACAAGUGAAGCUAUCAAAUGCUGGCGGGAGGCUUAUAAUUGCUUCUGAUGGCAUCUGGGACGCUCUAUCCUCAGACAUGGCUGCAAAAUCUUGCAGGGGUUUGCCAGCUGAACUUGCUGCUAGGCAGGUUGUCAAGGAAGCAUUAAGAACAAGAGGGUUAAAGGAUGACACAACUUGCAUAGUCGUUGACAUAAUUCCUCCUGAAAAUGUAAUGCCACCGCCACCUCCCCCAAAAAAGAAGAACAAGUUGAGGGCUCUGCUUUUCAGGAAGAAGUCUCGUGAUGCUGCUGGUAAGCUAUCAAAGAAGCUUUCGGCUAUAAAUAUAGUGGAGGAACUAUUCGAAGAAGGAUCAGCUAUGCUUGCUGAAAGAUUGGGGAAUAAUGAGAAUACAGGGCAAUCAACGUCAGGUCUCUUUAUCUGUGCUGUGUGCCAAGUCGAUCUUGCCCCAAGUGAAGGCAUCUCUGUUCAUGCUGGUUCAAUCUUCUCCACCAGCUCAAAGCCCUGGCAGGGCCCUUUUCUAUGCGCCGGUUGUCGUGAUAAGAAGGAUGCCAUGGAAGGGAAACGUCCUAGUGGAAUCAAAGUGUCAUAGGUUGCUUAACUGAUGAUUUCAUUAUCCCUAUUCUUUAUGCCGCCAUUAUUAUUCAUUUUUGUUUUUAUUUUUGUAGCAGCCAUAUUUGUUCAUUUAUCAAGUAGUUACCUGAUCAUCACUGUCAAGUGGCAACAGAAUGUGUAUCUAAUAUUCACAAAAUAAUGUAAGAUGGGCAUUGCGUUUUUAAUAUAGCAAAGGCUCAGGGAGAACCUGGUACUGAGUUUUCAGGCAUCAGCAAA